AUGCCUGGUGGGGAAGAAGAAGCAGCAAGAGAAGACGCAGCAGCAGCAGCAGCUUUGCGGUGAAGGAGAUCGGGUUCUCGGUUCUGCCCUCGUCCCGCGCCUCGCGAUCGCCCCUCGUGGAGAUCUUGUUUCCACCAGGAGGAGGAGAUGAGGAGGAGCAAGCUCCUUGUACGGUUCCUCUAUCUAUUAUUGCUCUGGUGUAAUGACCCAAUUGUUGCAUGGGCCGCUGAAGCAUUCGUCGGUACCUACGGAAUAAAUUACGGGAGGAUUGCUGAUAAUCUCCCUUCCCCUGAUAAAGUUGUUACUCUUCUCAGAGCAGCGAAAAUAAGGAAUGUACGUAUUUAUGAUGCUGAUCACAGCGUCCUCACAGCUUUUAGUGGAACUGGACUCGAUUUAGUUGUUGGGCUUCCGAAUGGUAACCUAAAAGAUGUCAAUGCUAGUGAAGAUCAUGCAUUAGAUUGGGUUAAACAAAAUGUGCAGUCUUUCCUCCCUGACACGCGGAUUCGCGGGAUUGCAGUGGGCAAUGAAGUGUUCGGAGGAACCGAUUAUGAACUCUGGGGUGUUCUUUUGGGCGCAGUGAAGAAUGUGUACAAUGCCGUAAAGAAACUUCAGUUGGACGAUGUGGUGCAAAUAACGACUGCACAUUCAUUGGCCGUCUUUGACAAUUCUUACCCUCCCUCUUCAUGUACGUUCAAAGACAAUGUGGACCAGUACAUGAAGCCUCUAUUGGCAUUUUUCCAGGAAAUCGGUUCUCCAUUUUGUGUGAAUGCUUACCCGUUUUUGGCUUAUCUGGAUGAUCCCGGGAACAUCGACAUCAAUUAUGCCCUCUUCCAGAAGACCCAGGGGAUCUAUGAUGAGAAAAACAAUAUACACUAUGAUAAUAUGUUAGAUGCUAUUAUUGAUGCUGCCUAUGUUGCUCUUGAGGGUGCUGGAUUUAAAAAGAUGGAAGUCAUUGUCACUGAGACAGGGUGGGCUUCGAAAGGAGAUAGUAAUCAAGCUGCAGCGACGGUGGAUAAUGCAAGAACAUACAACUAUAACCUUCGCAAAAGACUUGCCUUAAGGAAAGGGACUCCUUUGAGACCAAAAUAUCCACUGAAGGCUUAUAUCUUUGCCUUGUUUAACGAGGAUCAGAAACCGGGACCAACUUCUGAGAGGAAUUUUGGACUGUUCAAGCCUGAUGGAAGCAUUUCGUACGAUAUAGGAUUUCCGGCGCUUAAAUCUUCAUCUGCAACAUCUUUGGUUGGCUCUUUGAAGGUCAUUCGAGCUCGAGCUUGUUUUGGGUCAAAUGCCAUUGUACAUGUGGCCUCUACAGUGAUACUGAUACUGUUUUCCAGAUUCUAAAGUCGAGUAGGGUUUUUUUUUUUCGUCAUUUGGUGCUCGCCAUCUGAGGGUUGUAGGGUUCUACAGAUUACGACGAAUAUAAAAGAUGAUAUAUUCAUUUUCCAAGGAACGUUACCCAAAAAUCUGCUGAGUAUUUUCACUCCAGUAAGAGAUGUAUAUGACUUUAGGCAGAUUCAAAAGCCUCUCUUCCUAUAUCAGUAUACAGGUCUCUCUCUCAUCUCUUUCAAGGA